AUGAAGGUUCUUUGCGUCGCAGAGAAGCCGUCCAUCUCCAAGGCCGUGGCUGGCCACUUGGCUGGACAGAAUCCCACAGUUCAUAACACGCGCUCGACAUACAUAAAGAACUACGGCUUCAACUUCAACUUUGGCCCGCCAUGGAACGCGUGCGAUGUCACCAUGACAGCUGUUCUGGGCCAUCUGACUGCCCUGGAUUUUACUCCCGCAAACAAGAGCUGGCAGCAUCCUCCCCCGGAAAGCCUCUUUACCGCUCCAGUGGUGACUUUAGUGCCGGAUGACAAGAAAACCGUCGCCGAGAAUAUUGAGCGCCAAGCACGUUACUGCCAACUACUUGUUAUCUGGACCGAUUGUGAUCGUGAGGGAGAGCAUAUUGGUAAGGAGAUUGUACACGCUGCCAGAAAAGGCAAACCUGAUAUCCAGGUUAAACGUGCCACCUUCAGCAAUAUUGAACGAGCACACAUCCUAUCCGCAGCACGUCGGCUCACCGAUUUAGACCAGAAGCAAGUCGACGCUGUAGACACCAGAAUAGAACUAGACCUCAGGAUUGGAUACGCCUUCACGCGUUUCCUGACCCUCAGCCUCCGGCCUCUCGGGGGCGCGCUGCAGGAGAAAACCAUCAGCUACGGCUCUUGUCAAUUUCCCACCCUUGGAUUCGUCGUUGAUCGGUACUUUCGAGUCCAGAACUUUGUGCCUGAGCAGUUCUGGAGUAUCAAAGUCAUGCACAAUCGCGAAGGGAAGAAAGCCAACUUCAGUUGGUCACGAAACAGACUCUUUGAUCGCAUGUCUGUCGUGAUUCUUUACGAGCGAUGCAUUAGAGCAAAGGAGGCCAAGGUCACAAAGGUCCAGGAGAAGGCAACGAGGAAAUGGAAGCCGCUCCCUUUGACCACCGUUGAGCUCCAGAAGGCAGCCACUCGCCUCCUCCGCAUGAGUGGUCAACAGGCCAUGACUAUUGCGGAAAACCUCUACAACAGGGGUUUCAUCAGCUACCCCAGAACAGAGACGGAUCGGUUCGAUAAAGGCAUGGACCUGAAGGCGUUGGUCAGAAAGCAGACGCCACAUCAACGAUGGGGUGAAUAUGCUGAAGGCCUCCUGAAUGGAAACUUCGGCCAACCGCGCGAGGGCCGACACGACGAUAAGGCUCACCCGCCUAUUCAUCCAGUUACAUAUGCUGCUCCGAGUGUGUUGAAGCCGGAAGAGGCGCAGCUCUAUGAGUAUGUUGUGCGGCGGUUUCUUGCCUGUUGCUCCGAGGAUGCCAAAGGUAUGGCAACCGACAUCGAAAUCCUCUACGGCGAGGAGACAUUCCACGCGCGUGGCCUACGCGUCCUGGAGCGCAACUAUUUGGACGUCUUCAUCUACGAGAAGUGGAACGACUCGGCAGAAUUGCCACACUAUACCCAGGGAGAAACAUUCGUUCCCACAGAGGCCAUGAUGACGGAUGGAAAGACUAGCCCGCCGGGCUACCUGACAGAAGCAGACCUCAUUGCGCUAAUGGACGCCAACGGCAUUGGUACAGACGCGACAAUGGCAGAGCACAUUCAGAAGAUCCAAGACAGGGAGUAUGUACAGCUAGCGGACGGCGGACGACGUGGCCAGGAUGAUGACGACGGUGAUGACCAGGAUAGACCUCCAUCGCCGCCGGCAAGAGGUCGGGGACGCGGCAAUCGCGGACGCGGCGGGCGUGGUGGGCGCGCCGCAUCAGGAGGCCGCACAGGUCUCAAGGUCUUCAUCCCGACCCAGCUCGGGGUGGCUCUUAUCAUGGGUUUCGAUCGCAUGGAAUUCGAAAUGAGUCUGGGCAAACCUUUCCUGCGUAAAGAGAUGGAGAACAAGAUGAAGGCAAUAUGCGACGGGCGCAUGUCCAAAGAAGCCGUCCUGCGCGAAAGUCUUGGCCAGUACCGGCAAGUAUUCCGGGACUCUCAAGAGAGACUGAACGUGCUUAAAGCUGCGUGUCGCGAAUACAUGGCACUGUAG